CCUUUUCCCCUUCCACGAGAUUGACAUUUGUCCUUUAUAUAAAUAGAAUGACGACAUAUGCUAUUGAAGAAGUCCAACGACUGAAUGGCAGUCUUUUGGAACUACAACGUGAACAUCUAUGUAGUGUCAGUCACCUUACGACAUUAGAAAAUACUACUUUGACACCAAAACAGGCUUGGCAAACCCAGAAUAACACUGACUUCCUACUAGCGGCUAUUCAAGCUUUAGACGCGUCUUUAUCUGGAGUUCCUCGGAUGGAUGAUAUUAGGACUUAUCUGACUUGGUAUGCAACAUUCAACAACAGCACAACAGACGAUAAUACUUUAGAUUGGUUAUUUGUCACCAAGUGCACACUUGCCGUUUAUGGUCAUACUAUAUCCUCCAUUCUUCAUUCUACUUUACCAAUUUCUGAAUCUUUGACUUAUUGGGAUAAUAUACAAGGAAAUGUUUGGUAUGAAGCUUAUUAUGGUAUUCAAACUGCUCCUGGAAGGUUAUAUUCUUUGGUUAUGAACACACGACAAGCUCUAUUAGAUACGUCUAUUACCUCAGACGUCACCACAUCAAGUAUCAAAAAUGUCUUAACCUCAUCGGAUCAUAUUCUUGGUAGUCUUUUCCCUAUGGCGUUAAGAGAUGCCAACAAGAACAGAAUCAAGCAACGUCAACACUCAUUCUCUCGAUAUCAUGGUCAUCCUGGCAAAUCAUUGGCUCGUGUGUUUCGAAAACUUUACAGUGCACCUUUACCUCUUGCUUUAAUCCGUGACGAAAUUCAACAAAAGAGAAUAGCCUUACGUACUUUCCGCACACAACAAGCCUCCAUACUUGGAUUAUUGAUCAAAAUGGCACCUGAUUUCGGUAGUGUUUUGGACAAUCGGAAUGUGAGUAAUGAUGGUUUUUUGGUCCAAACUGAUCAACAAUCUCAACUGGUAUCCCUUCAUUAUGUGGCUCGUGGUACGACUCAAUGUGUAAAGGCCUUGUCAUCCUGUCUUCUUGGAAAUAACUCUGACGCAUCAGCAGCAGCCAAUAGAAUGGAUAUUUCACCAUCACCAUCAUCAUCAUCAUCAUCUGUAGCAUCUUCCGUUAUCAAUAUUCAAGAAACAAGAGAUGCGAUUGAACAAUCUAUUCAGAAUUUCAGUAUGAUCAGUAUACCUCCACAUCAAGUAGCUAAGGAUUUGAAACAAGUGAUUGACCAACAACCAAAAUUGUAUGAUUUGCAAGUGUGGAAACAAGAUUAUGGACCACCAACAAGAUGGACAAGAUAUUGGGUUCCUGGAUUGGUGAUUGUAUUUGGAGGCAAGAUGACACUUGAUUAUUUAUUUGAACGAAAAGAUAAUAUUAUGACAUGGACAAAAGAAGGAAUACAAACCGUACGUGAAUUCUUUGUACAUUGGCUUUGGGAACCUACACUUGGUGUAUUGGAUACCAUUCGAUUCAAAGAUCGACGGAUUGGAUUAUCAAGCAAGGAAGGAUUAAAAAGUGAUUUACAGUCAUUGGAACGUAUGGUGACUCAAUUUGCAAGAGAUCAUUACCAUUUGUCUGAUGAUCAAAUCAUUCGAUUAGCCUCUCAAGUCCGUGAUGGUGAUGUAUCUGUUGUUCUUCGUGCAUAUGAAAAUGAAAUCAAGAAUCCACUUAGAAAUGCUAUUCGAGGUGAUUUGAUUCAAACGUUAUUGAUCCAAAUACAAAAAACUAAGGUGGAUGUUGAUAUUGCCAUGCAAGCUUUAGACAAGUUAUUGAAAUCCAAUGAAUUGAACUUUGCAUUCCUGGCUGUGGCUCCAUCGAUGCUUCUUACUUGGGCAACUUUCUCAUGGAUAAAAAACAUGUAUCAAAAACGUGGUGGCAAUAGAGUACGACAAAUCGGACAACCUUUGAAGGAUACAUUAAGACGGAUAGAACGACUUUUUACAUUGGAUACAAACAAAACGGAAUUGUCGUGUGAAUCUCAAGGUGUGCUACUUUGUGAAUUACUCUUAUUGCGCAAUUAUGCCCAGUAUUUACCCACAAGGAAUUCGGUACGAGAAUUGUUUCUUGAAGAUAUUCGUGAUUUGGAAGCAGUACGACUUGACAAACAACAGAAAAAAGAAACCAUCAUUAGAAUGCAUCAUUCUUGGCGAUUUUUGAUAUAGUAUUAUUGUAUGAUUGAAUAAAAAUCUUUUUUUUUUUUUAUAUGCAGAAAA